AUGGCUCAUAUCUACGAUGUUGCUUCGUCAGUUGAGUAUCCUUAUGUGAACGGCUGGAAGAAAGGCGAUCAAGUCAAAUAUCCCAACACUCUGGUCUUCCAGACAUUCAAUUCCCCAUGCCGAUUGGAAGGAGAUAUUACUGAUCUUGAAGUGGUUGGUCAAAUUCCACCAGACAUCAACGGCACGUUCUACAGGAUCCAGCCCGAUCACCGGUUCCCUCCACUGUUUGAAGAAGACAUACAUUUUAAUGGAGACGGGAGUAUCACAGCAAUCCGAAUCCAUGACGGACAUGCCGACUUCAAGCAGAGAUAUGCAAGGACGGAUAGAUUCCUAGCAGAAGAGGCAGCUGGAAAGAGCCUAUUUGGGAAAUACCGCAAUCCUUAUACCGACUCUGAGGCUGUAAAGGGCACGAUACGAACAGCGGCCAAUACCAACAUUAUAUUCUGGAGAGGGAUGCUGUUGGCGACUAAAGAAGAUGGCCCACCAUAUGCUAUGGACCCAGUUACUCUGGAAACAAUCGGUCGCUAUGAUUUUGAAGGGCAAGUCCAAUCGCCUACAUUUACUGCACACCCUAAGCUAGAUCCAGAAACAGGAGAAAUGAUCUGCUUUGGAUAUGAGGCUGGUGGUAACGGUAAUGAUGGCUCCUGUGACAUUGUCGUCUACACGAUCGACCCUGUUGGGAGAAAAACGGAGGAAGCCUGGUACAAGGCUCCAUUUUGUGGAAUGAUACACGAUUGUGGUAUCUCCAAGAACUAUAUCGUUCUUCCAAUGACGCCUCUCAAAUGCUCCGCCGAUCGCAUGAAAAAGGGUGGCAAUCACUGGGCAUGGGAUCCAAACGAAGAUCAAUGGUAUGGAAUCGUUCCAAGAAGAAACGGCAAAGCAGAAGAUAUAGUCUGGCUACGGGCUGAAAAUGGGUUUCAUGGUCACGUUGCUGGUUGUUAUGAAAAUGAAGAGGGUCAUGUGGUUUUUGACCUCACUGUUGCAGAUGGGAAUGUAUUUUUUUUCUUCCCUCCUGAGAACCAGGUUGCGAGUGAUCUGGGGACUAGAAACCAACUGCAAAGCGCUACCCAUCGCUGGAUCUUUGAUCCUAAAAACAAGCCUGGCUCGCGCGUCAAGCCUGAGAUUGUCUGGGAUACAAGCGGUGAAUUCUCUCGUAUCGACGACCGCUAUGUCGCUAAAAAAUACAAUCAAUUUUGGCAGGCCAGAAUUGAUCCUGCGCGAGAAUAUGACGCAGCCAAAUGUGGCUCUCCUGCUGGUGGCCUUUUCAAUUGCCUAGGCCAUUACUCGUGGGAUGGCCAGACAGAGGAUGUUCUUUGGGCAGGACCAAGAGCUACAUUCCAGGAACCGACAUUCAUUCCCAAGGAGGCCGGUGGAGAGGGAGAAGGUUGGAUAAUCGCACUCCUAAACCAUCUUGAUGUCCUUCGAAACGAUAUAGUAAUCGUCGAUGCCCAUAAUGUGGCUGCAGGGCCAGUGGCAACCAUUCGUCUUCCUUUCAAGCUCCGUCUAGGCCUGCAUGGGAAUUUCGUCGAUCAUCGUGAUAUCGAGGAAUGGAAAAGGCGUCGAGCUCCAGGAGGUGUAAUCGGUCCUGUUAAAAUAGCGGAAACCCCCCUAAGCUGGCAGCUUGACCACGUGUAG